AUAAGCAACAUCUUGUUUUUUGUUUCACCACCCAUAUGUAUGUACUUGUUCCUUCAAUAUGCAACCUGCUUCAACAGUGGCAUAUAUUUAAUAUGGACUCUGCUAGUUGUGGUUGGAAUCGGAUCUGUUUACUUUCAUGCCACCCUUAGUUUCUUGGGCCAGAUGCUGGAUGAGCUGGCUAUUCUCUGGGUCCUGAUGUGUGCCCUUGCCAUGUGGUUCCCUAGGAGACACCUGCCCAGAGUUUUUUGAAAUGACAGGAGCUGUUUUAAAGCUGCUGGUGGUGUCCUGUCUGGAGUUACUACCUGUCUCGCCUUCAUUAAGCCUGCCAUCAACAACAUCUCGCUAAUGACUCUGGGUGUUCCCUGCACAGCUUUGCUCAUUGCUGAGUUGAAGAGAUGUGAAAAGCUGCGUGUGUACAAACUGGGUCUCUUUUCAGGUCUUUGGUGGAUGCUAGCACUUUUCUGUUGGAUCAGUGACAAAGCAUUUUGUGAGAUCUGGUCCUCAUUUAACUUCCCCUAUUUGCACUAUGUAUGGCACAUUUCGAUUUGUCUUGUGGCAUACCUGGGCUGUGUCCGCUUUGCUUACUUCGAUGCUGCCUCUGAGAUCCCUGAGCAGGGCCCUGUCAUAAAGUUCUGGCCCAGUGAAAGAUGGGCACUCAUUGGGGUUCCCUACAUCACCCUUCUCUGCACACACAAGAAAUCACCUCUGAAGAUCACAUGAAGCUAAGCUGGUCAUGGAAUGGGGAUGGAGUUUCAACUUACAUUCCAGCACUGACAAUAUUUAAAUAAUGAUAAAUGAAUAGGGUUGUGUUUUAUCUUAUUUCUAAGAUAUGCAGCACUUCAGGUGUCAUAGAAAGAGGAGGCAAGCGUGAUUUCCUCCCUCUGGAGAGGAAAGAGGAAGCAAGAAGGUGGAGGCUCUCGAACACUAAGGUAACCACUAGCUUCUCUAGUUGGCUCUGUUUUGCACUGUGUUUUCAAUGUAGCAUUUCUUGUGAUAAAGUCUCUUUCCAAAUACCAGUGUCAAGGAAUGAUGUUUCUAAAGUAGGUCACCGCUGGUACUUGAUUCACUUCUUUUGUAACUUCUGGCUUAAGGCCACCUUUGUGAAAGAAGCCAGUCCAAGAUGCCUACAUGUCCUUCUGUGUCCUUCUUAGCUCUGAUUUUGAUGUGGUUGCACAUGACCACAAGAGUGUGCUCGAAGCACAUGCUUCUCUCAGCCUAGCUGUGCAUCACAUUAGCUCACGGAGUAUGUGGUUGCUUCCCCAAGUACAACAGGAGACCAGUGCAAAGUGUUUGCAAGUGGGUAGCUGGAUCAGUGCAGUUAGGCAGUGUAAAUGCGGGAAUAGCUGACAGAAGAUUCAGUCCCUAAAACUGUAUAGGAGUUCAAGGGUUUUGAACUUUUCUGUAUUUCCACUGACCUAUGGACAUUUGUAUGGUACAUAUUUCCCUCUCACAGAAAUGUCAUAGAAAUCCCUCUACCUCUGCAGACAUGUUUAGUCUUGAAUUUUGCGUCGCAGCUAAAACAGAAGUUUAAUAUUACCUUCAGUGAGGUGUCAGGUCAGCAUGGGUUGACAGUGUGAUUAAACUAUAAAAACUCAUAGGUGCCUAGCUGUAUGUGUAAUUUGAGAGUUACUUUCUCACCAAUGCAUUGCAAAGUGACAUGAACAGUACUCUGCUAGUUAUGAAAAAAAUAGAUAACCACAUAAAAAAGAAGCUGAAGACUUAGAUUUCAGUGAGCAAUGAAAUGUGAUAUUGAGUCUUGCAUUCUUACAAAAGAACAAUAGAUUGAAAUUUUCUGUUUGUUUUCAGCCUGUUUUGUAAAGAUAAGGGAUGUCUAGACCCACUUAUUUUUAAGAUUAUACUUUGGGGUUGAGCUUCAGGAAUGUCUGUGGUUCUUGCAAGCAAUUUAUGCUAAGUCUGUUUAAAAAAUUGUGCAAAGUCCAGGCAUGUUUUUCAGAUAUCAGCAACAGUAGCUGCUAAUAUGGCAAAAAUAGGGUCUGCUUACAUUCCACCUAAUAUCAGAACUGUAAGUGGAUUAAGGCUUUGGAUAUACACUUUUCUUAGCAAGUGGUAUUUCCUUUUUGAGUAUUAGACCAGGAAAUACCACUUCCUCUGUGUUUUGCUAAGAAGUCUCGUGUUGUACUUGCUUUUUAUCAAUGUGAAAAUGUACUCUAUAUUGUCUUUAGGAAAGUGGAUUUUGACAAGAACUUUGGGGUGAAUUAACUUUCAAGCAUAGUAAAACCUUCCGGAUAACUUUUGUAUUCAAAUUUAUGCUUAGAAAACAAGAGCUAAGAUGUAUGCUGUUACAUGUAAUGUUGUUAGUGGGAGAUACGACUGUCUUCUGGAUAACUUCAAACUGAGUAAGUAGCCUACUGUCAGACUAACUGACAGAUCAUGAAAGCAGCAAAAUAUGUCCAGUGGAAAAAUGCAGAUUUACACCACUUGCUAGUAGAUUUGUCUGAGAGAAGCCUGGUUUUGGGACACAGUCAUAUAAUUUUUGUAUGAAGCUUGUUUGUAAAAAUUCAUACAGUAAUGCUUGUUACUCUUUGAAACACAGCAGCUUUUUCCUUUUCCUUCCUCUCUCCCUGAUUUUGAAAUGCUCAGUUUCAAACACUCCUCUGGUUUGAAAUCAGUCAUAUGAUUAGAUACUUAUACAGAUAGGCUUGCUGGCUGGAACCCAGCUAAGGUUGCUGAUGCCUGAUAUGGCCCUACUUUGAAUAAGAUUUUUGAUAUUUUUCUUUGCUAAAUUAUUAUGUUAUGGUAAAUAAGUUAUUUUCAUUAUUGCUUGGGAAAUUAGUAACUGCAGACAUAAUGUACUAUUCAAAAUUACUAAAGCCUUCCUACUUAAUAUUUUGUUUGAAAGCAACCUCUGACUCAGAGGGCUCCAGUUAACCUGCUGUCAACUGCUGUCUUCUGCUCUGCAGAGUCUGUCUGCUCAGAAAGAAGUAAUUUUAUAAUUUAAAAAAUGGCAGUAGUGCAUUUGGUUAUUCCAGAGGUGAAUGAAUGCAGGUACAGGCCAAGUAUUAUCUCCUGUAUUUUUAUUAACUAGCCUCUAGCCUUUGUACUAUUUAUAGGAGAUUCUGUGAACAAAGAUCACUCUCUGAUAUUUAAAGUGCCACUGUAGAACUGGUUGGGAGUAUACCACUGUAACAUUAGCCCACCACUUUUAGAUGUAGUUACUGCACUUCACAUAAAAUUAAUAUUAACUUACAUGCUCUGACAAAAGCUACAUUUCUUUUAAAAAGUAAAAACAUGCAGUUUUGACCAGAUUCACAGCUUUGCAGAUUGCCAUUUGAACUAAGGCUCCAGUUCACGAUCACAUUAGUACCCAAAGAAGUAUGUGACUGGCACACAGUGGGGUUGUGUGCUACCCUGAUCAUACAGA